GCCUGGUGGAAGGAGACUCUUGCUUGUUGUGUCCGGGGGGCUUCUCGUGCCUCUCGGGUGUCUUGACACCUUGCGAAAAGUUUUUCUCCUUUUCUCUUCCCGGAGAUUUGCGCUGUCGGCCCUGCCCCCCCGGCUUCGAGUGUACCGACACCGCGCAGCCCCCCACGGCCUGUCCCCCCGGACACGUCGUCCAGGAGACGCUCCUCCCACUCGAUCCCGAUCCCGAUCCCGACCCCCCCCUCGAUCCCGAUCCCAAACUCGACCCCACCUCCGAGCCCAAACUCGAUCCCGAACUCGAUCCCAGAGUCGAUCCCGAUCCCGAUCCCGCUCCCGCUCCCGGGCUCGUGCGCGUGCGGCGCUGCGGGCCGUGCCCGCCCCACAGCGCCUGCGCCCCGGGGGCUGCGAGGAGACACUUGGGAGGCCCCACAAGUCGGAGACACUUGGGGGGCCCCACAAGUCCCCUGGGGCCCCGCCCCACACUUCCUUGCCACUCCCACUUCACAGACCCCGCCUGUCCCCCCGGGGGCCUCUGCUGGGCCGGCAAAUUCUUCCCCUGCCCCGAGGGACAGCAAGUUAGCGAAAAAGCUGCGCUGGACACCAGCUGCAGCAACUUCGCCCAAAAAUGCGAACCCAUUCCAACCCCACAAACGCAAACCCCCAAACCCCCAGCAAAACCCUCCUCCCCUUUUCGCGCGGGGACUGCGUUGUCGCUGCGGAAAACGGAAAAAGGGUUUGGGAACUUCUACACUGUCUCCUCGGGCUCCGAACUCCGCACUUGCGCCUACUACUCCUCAGUGGGGUGUACAGACACCUCAGUGCUCUUCUGCCACGGGCCCCUCCAGCUUCCGGUGUCUGGACACAAGGAGAUCGGCCACGAGGGUCUCCUCGGCAUCUGCAACGACCACUUGGGCGUCUGCGAAACCGGGGCCCUGAGCGAGAGGGCCUGUCCCCCCGGGAGGUACUUAGACUCCAGCACCAGCAUAAGGUCCAUGGUGAGGCCCCUAAGAAUGUUUACAUAG